CAAAAGAUUGUCACAUUUCAUUUUUAUACAAUAGUUUUAUAAUGAAAUAUAAAUAACAAGUAAGUUUAUUACCGUUAUAUAUUAUAUUGUCAAUGUGUGGACUACAGGCUUUCCAUAUAUUUCGGAACAAAAGAAGCAUAUUUUCAGUUACUAAACAGAAAUGACCCUGCAACUAUCACUCUUCUUUGUCAUCGUAUGCUUCAUAUCAUUGUUGUGUUUUGCGUCAUCAUUGCGUAGGGACGAGUCAGAUUAUGGAUGUUUUGUGUUUGUUGAAUGUCCCCCAGAAGAAGAAGUAAAACCAUGUAUCGAGUCUAAUGGCUUUUACUGUACACGAUGUUUACCUGGAUAUGUACAACCCACUUAUGUUACAUCUAAUCAGCACAACAACACAUGCUUCAAGCCUAAGAGUCUAACAGUUUGUGUUGCUGAAGAUGUAACAUACAGUCGAACAGAACAAAACACCUUUUGUGACAGUCUGGAUGGAUGCAAAUGUAACACGAACAAAUGUUAUUAUGGAGACCCAUGUCUAUGUAAUCUACAUACCCCAGGAUGCCCAGUAAACACAUCUCUUGAUGAGAAUGGCGUAUGUCAACCAUGUGACGCUGGGACAGCUAAGAAUGAUACAGGAUGUGGACCUUGUAGAGCCGUUUUUCAAAAAUCUCACAGUAUACACGUUAAUGUUAUUACAAUGACACCCGAGAAGCGCCUAUCAAUGUCAACAAUGGAAACAACAAAAAUUUCUUCAAUGGAAGAAGGUAAAAGGGAUAUAACCUCUAAAACAAAUGCCAUUUGUAUGGAACGAACUACAUUUGUGGUUUUAGCAAUAUGUUUUGCAAUUCUGGUGAUAUUUGUAAUAAUAAUUACCAUCGUUUUAUGUUGGCUACGGAAACAAUGUUGCUUUGCAAAAGAUAGCACAGUUAUAUCAAAUGGAAAUUUACCGGCAAACGGAGAGGAAACAAUGUCUCUGACAUAAACAAAACUUGACAGUUACUUAGGUUGGACAUAUGUUUCAAACACGUAUUAUGCGUGCAUUUGGAAAUAGGAAAGAUUGAAGUGCAUUACGAUGCUGUUUCUUUUAUAGACACGAUGGUGCCUUCAUCUUAUUAAACCUCAUUAAAAUGAAUUACUA